CGCGGGGAGUGCGUAUUAGCGUAUAAAAGCCGAAAGUGAUUCCGAAUCGGCAUCAGUCUCACGAGUUCUCUAGUCUGACAAUCUAACCAAUUCAAAAUGUUCAAGAUCCUGCUUGUCUGCGCCCUUGUCGCCCUGGUGGCCGCCAACGAGGUUGCUGAGGUCAAGGAGCUGGUCAACGAUGUCCAAGCCGAUGGCUUUGUGAGCAAGGUGGUCCUGGACAACGGCUCUUCUGCUUCGGCUACCGGAGAUGUCCACGGCAACAUUGACGGAGUUUUCGAGUGGGUCUCCCCCGAGGGCGAGCACGUCCGUGUGAGCUACAAGGCCGACGAGAACGGAUACCAGCCCCAGAGCGACCUCCUGCCCACUCCUCCUCCAAUCCCAGAGGCCAUUCUGAAGGCCAUCGCCUACAUCCAGGCCCAUCCCAGCAAGGAAUAAGCCAUUGACACGACCAGGACCCAAUUUCGAGAAUAAGGUGCAAUUCUAAGUGACCUUGUUCUCUAACCCUUAGAAGUUAAACAGCAUGCUGACGUUAUAAGUUUGAUUAUCGAGUUAUAAAAUAAAUUCGAUACUCUUUGGCAAAAAAUA